AUGGAUAAUUCAGACGACGAUCGAGCACCACCACAAGAACUAUUUUUUCGAAUUUCUGGUGCCUCCGCGAUGUGGGAAUUAAAUCGUCCUCAAGCAGAAAUUCUCGAACUAGUCGAAGAAGGUCUGUUUCAUGGGAAUGUUUUAGACAUUGGCUGUGGUCUUGGCGAUAAUGCAAUCUGCAUUGCAACUCAUACAAAUGCCAAUGUUGUUGCUGUUGAUAUGGUAUCACGUGCGAUCGAAAUCAGCAAAGAAAAAGCAAUAGAAGCAGGUGUACUGGAUAAAAAUUUAAAAUUUGCUGUUGUUAAUAUACUUGAGCCGUUGGAUAAUUCAACACGGGACCUUUUGUCUGAAGGACAAUUCGAUUUUGUCUUAGAUUCAGGUGUAUUUCAUGUAUUUAGAAAUGACGAUCGAUUGCGUUAUGUUGAAAAACUGAAACAACUAUUGAAACCGCACGUCGGUCUAUACGUUCUACUAGUGUUCAGUGAAAAAGAAAAGGAGCUGACUGAAAGACCAAGGCUAGUAAAACAACGUGAUUUAGAAUAUUUAUUUUCAAAAGAAAAUGGAUGGAAUAUUGAAUCAUUGAAAGACACGAUUAUUGAAUCAUCGUCGUCAGAAUAUAAUGGUCAAGCUUAUUUGUCAUUAAUAAGACGUAUAUAA